AUGAGGCAGUGGCAUUCGCCUCUGCAUUCGCCUCUGCAUCUCCAGUGUGCCAUAUUUGCACUUGCCCGGCGCGUACCCAGGCCCUUUGAGAGUUCUUUAGGUUCCCUGCGACGGCCAUACUCCUCGAGCAGGAUUUCCAGUGCCGCCAACUGUCUCCAAGGUACGACUCAGCCGCCUGUACUUGCAUCCGUUGGCCAUCUCCCUGCGCGUCUCUGGUUCCUGUUGUUGCGCGCAGCCCAGGUCUUCUCCAUCAUUCACUGUCGCGUGUUGCUGUCGCCGCCUGGGCGCAGAUUACCAAGCAGCUUGUCGCGCCGCGUCAAUUCUGGCGGACACGAUGCGCGCUCCUUUGCUGGCCUCCCUGCUUUUGGCACUUUCUUCUCACCAGCCACCAUGACCGAGGUCUCCUCCACCCGCCUGUACUUGGGCAACCUCCCCCGCAGUGCCACCAAGGCCGAUGUCGAGGCCCACUUUCAGACUCACGGCACCGGCGAGAUCACAGAGGUCAAGCUCAUGAACGGCUUCGGCUUCAUCGAGUACAAAGACCCGAUGGAUGCGCGUGACGUCGUUCCUGCUUUCCAUGGCUCCGACUUCAUGGGCGAGCGCCUCAUUGUCCAGUUCGCCCGUGGCUCCCGCGCGCGCAACGAGAACUUCACUCCCCAUGAGCGUGUUCCCCCGCGUCCAAGACGUACCCCGUACCGGAUGAGGAUUACGAGUCUUCCCGUAGAGACCAGCUGGCAGGAUCUUAAGGACUUCGCCCGCCAGUCUGGAUUGGACGUUGUCUACUCUGAAGUUGGCCGUGAGCGCGAUGGCACUGGGUCAGUAUUGUACAUGUCCGCUCUUGCGCGACCGCGGCUGACGUGUGCAUGCAGAUUUGUCGAGUACGAGACCGCGGCCGAUCUCAAGGCUGCAGUCGAGAAGCUGGACCGCCGUGAGUUCAAGGGCCAGGAAGUAGGCUGCACCGAGGAUGUUUCCGACCCGCCCCCACCUCCUCCCUACAAGCCCCGGGCUCCCUAUGGAGGCCCUGGAGGUCCAGAUGACAGGGGUCGUGACAGGUAUCGAUCUCGCUCGCCCAUGGGCCGUCGCGGCGGCGGUGGUGGCUAUCCGCCUGCCCCCUACGACGACUACUACGAUCGCCGUGGACCUCCUCGCGGCUACAGCCCUCGUCGCGACGACUACCGCCGACGCACGCCUCCGCGCGAGUUCUAUGAUAGGCGUGAGGGAGGUUACGGAGGACGCUCGCCGCCUCGUGGUCGCAUACCUGAUGAGUAUGGCCCACCGCGUGCGCGCUACCCUGACGAUCCUUACGAUGCCAGGGCCGGACCUCCACCCCGUCGCUACGACGACCCAUACAUGAACGGUGGUGGCCGACCCUACGAAGCCGGACGCCCGCCCUCUCCACGUGGCGCUCGUCCCCGCAGCCCUGGAGGUCGUCCACCCUAUGACCCAGCCGCCGCUGACUACCCUCCUCGCGGUCGCUACUAG